CUAUUAAAGAUCCUCUAGCCUGGGUUAGUUAUACAUUUUUUAGUAUUUAUAAUAAAGACAAAUUGCUAGUUGUAUGAAAUAUAAUAUCUAGGUGCAAUACAAAGAAAAAACGAAAUAUUACCAAAUGCAUCCAAGUUUUACUGUACUAUAAUUUGCUGCCGAUAGGAGCCGUGUAUUGGAACGAUAAUCCAAUUUAACCUUUUAAGUGCACCGAAUGAAUCAUAAUACAAUACAGUAAGUUAAACGCAUUGUAAAAAGUAGAGAAAGUGAAUAUUAAACCAUUGACAGCACAUUCCUGCGAUGACACAAUUUCCAUCUCCAUUUUAACAUUUGAUUCCAUUAGAAUCGCGCUUUAAACUUCUACAAACCAGCGGAUCAGAAAAUUAAAAAAUAACUCGUUUAAUGAUAACGUCGAAUAAUCUACUGGGCUACUCGUCAUCAAGGCUGACUUUGAUGUUAGUAAACAGAACCACAAAUCGUCAUUUUUAUAUCUAAUCAUGUUCGAUACGACAGCAGUGUUUAAAAUUUUGUAUUUAUUUAGUGUAUUUUAUUAGUUUUGAAAAAAAUAUACCUAUAAUGAGUUUUAAACCUACAUCUUUUCAUUUACUGGAAAGAGGGAAUAAUUCCAACCUCAUAACCUGGACAUAUCCAACGUUACCUGAAGAAUCAAAAAUACUAAUCCAACAAACUUGUUUCUCUGAAGGAUUAGAAGCAGCUGAUUUAUUCUAUUACAAGCGCUGCCAAAAAUCUUGGAUUUAUAUUAAACAGUUUGCUGAAAAUAACAAAAUUGGAGCUUUUAUUAUUACGUCGUUAUGCUACAAACCAGAUUUAUAUAAAGUUAUCUGUGAUUUAUUCGUUAGAAAAUACCUUGAUGGAUCUACCGGUGUAGAUUUGGUUAAACUCUAUUUAAAAAUUUAUAUUAGUAAUGGAAUUUGUUUAAAGGAAAAUUCACCAGAAACGUUAUUGAAAUUGGGUGAUUUUCCAAGUAAAACAGGUUUAAAAGGUUUGAUAAAAAAUCUUGGAAUAGAAAUUAUUUUACUCUAUAAUGCUUUGUUAAUAAAGAAACAAAUUUUGGUUUAUCAUCCCAAAGUAGAAGAAUUACAACAGGCCUUGCAUUCCAUUACCAAGCUAGUAUCUCAUAGAAAACCAGACGAUAUUUUGCAACCUCUUGUACAAAAUAUAACAGAACUUAAAAAAACAUCGACAUUCUAUUUAAUCGGUACAACCAACAGUACUUUAUUGAAGCAGCAGAAUUCGUUCCAUUUAUUAGUAAAUUUACAUUCCCUAGUAAUAGAUGUAUCAUCAAAAUCCAAAGAAUCUUUCCAAAUGAGUUCACUCCAUAAAGAUAUCGCACAUUUAAUGAUGCAUUUGGCAGAAAGUGAAUCUAGCGAAUCCGAAGUGAUUGAAGCAAUUUUGAAAAAAACAAUGGACUUAUUCAAAUACCUGAAAACUUUUGUUAAUACCGAAGAAGGUGGAAAAAAAAUUAUCGUGAAGGAAGUUGAAUCUAAAAUUAAAAAUAAAAAUUUACAGACAUUUUUAAUUAAUUUAGCUAUAGCUAAAAAUAUUAUGGUUGUUAUAUAA